AUGAAAGGACCAAUGAAAAUACUAAAAGUAUCAAAGAAACGAACCACUAAAGAACCAUCAAAGAAUGACAAAAGGACCAAAGAAUUACCAACAAAAGGACUAAAGAACUACCAAAGUACCAUCAAUGAAA